AUGAACAACAGCAUCGAAUACUUGGUGAAGUAUUCAGUGGCACCUCCGCCCAGCAGGGACUACUACGGUCUUAAAAUUCUCCAAGACGAGGUGAUUCUGUAUUUGUGGAAAGUAUCCCACGGCCCGCAUAAAACGCCGAUCGUACGUCGCGUCAGAUUCACCGAAUUCAGUUGGGAAAGAUCAUUGCAAGACGAAAUCCGCCACGGAUUUGGUGAACAUGUGUUGAUUCACGUCAGAAAUAUCGCUGAAGGGAACAGGAAUACCCUUUUGACUUUGCCGAAAUCUUUAAUCGGGGAAAUAACAAGAUAUCUGGAAUACAGAGAUAUUAUCAAGUUGUCCCUGUUAUCACGUAUCGCCUAUGAGAUAUUCAAUACAGAUUUGAUUUGGGAGAUUCUCUAUAAAAGGGAUAAAAACGCCAAAAUUGGCGUAGGGGAAAGGAAGGAAGCUGAGGUUUACGGUUGGAAGCAGCUUUAUAGAGACAGACAGAUGGAGACAUUAAUAAGAGAUCAAAGGAAUUUCGGAACAUUAUUAUCAACCAAACAUGCAAACGACGCGAAAACUAUCAAACCAUCGCUGCGAACCACCAACACGUUGAAGCCGAUCUCAAAGACGGUCUCGACUGUCAACAUCGUAAUGAAGCAACGCUCGGAAUUUCCAGACGCAGAUCUGACAACCACUUCACUUUCCAAAACGUCGUCCGACACUCGAUUUCGUGGUCCAAACAUGAAGACGGAGAAGGAGAAGUCAUUUCCGCCAAGGAAAAACUCAAAAAACUUGAAUUCUGGAUUCAACGUAAAUGCGAAGAGCGUUAAAAGAGAAGACAUUGUCGCGCGUAAAAUAACGGUGAAAGGAGAAACCAGAAGAGUCUUUAAAUAUGACGAGGGAUUUGACAAAGAAUCGGAGAAGCCGGAAAAAUAUGUCGAUAAGAGCAACAAGGUCAAGGCAACUUCUCAAGAAGGUAAAACAAAAUACGUAACUUCCAGAGCGUCAUCGGUAUCCAAGAACAUUGUGGGAAACGCCAGGUCCUCCUCGGAUUUAGUACGAGGCUUGCAGUGUAUGCCUCGAUCGAAAACGAAGGCCGAGCCUAAGAAGACGGCCGUGACCAGUUAUGAAAUAUUCAACAAUGACGCAGCGUUCUCCAACAACCCUGUCGUCGCUAGGGACAACAGUUUCGAUCUGGCUGAUCUGAUCGAAGCGAGCUUGAAGAACAUUCGAAGUCCGCGAAGCAUAUUUAAUUACGACUUCAGCUGCAUGCAGCGAACAGAUGUGACGGGGGACGCUCCGAAAGUUAGACACGAGCUUCUGGACCUUGACAAGUCGAAACAACUGAAAUCUGUGCGAAGCAACGUCCUGCCGAAUUAUUUCCCCGGCAGAAUGGCUCAAGGGAGCGGAAUUCUCGAGAAGCUUUCGGAGAAAUCCGAAUCGCACAGCGAAACAUCCACCGAGUCUAUCGUGAAAGAUGCAAGAAUCAUUCCAGAGAAAAGUAAUGAACUGUUAUCCAAGAAAUGUGCAAAAUCCCGAGUGGAGCUCGUGAAAUCUUUAAAUGAGAGAAAAAGCGAACCAAUGUUCUGUAAGGAUCGAGGAGAUCCGCGAGCAAACUUUCGAAGUAAAUAUUUCAACCCCAAAAAGAUCAGCGAUGUUGAUGAAAAGUUUCCUUUUGUUAAAAGAUCAUUAAGAACUUCCAGCUUGCUGAAAGCGCACGCUUCGAACAGUUCGAAAAGCGAAAAUUCCUAUAAAAAGUGUUGAGUUUGUUCCAUAAGAUCGAGUAAGAUUUUCAAAGUCAAGGAUAUUGGAGAGAUCAAUUAAUAAAAUAACAAUAUGACAUAGAGGAAUAU